AGUGAACACAGGUAAAACGCCCAGAUUGGAAAUUUUGUCAUGCACGGCCGAUUUCCCGACCGCGAACUUAGCCGCACAAUAUUGGCAUACACUAUAUCUUUAUAUUAUAUCUUUAUAUUUAUUAUAUGUAAAUUUUAGUCACGCAAAUCGCACUUCGGUCCCAGGGGAAUCACUUGAAAUUUUUAUUUAGGGGGAUGGGGUCCUUCCGAUAAUUUUGGGUAAUAUUUUAAAUAUGCCCAUCUUGAUUUUAACUACGCAAGCUCAGAUUUGGGCGCUUCGCCCGCGCGCACAAAAAAUGUCAAAUGGAAAUCGGCCCUAAAUCUGAACUAAACCUGAAGGUCGUCAAGCACAACAACAGAAACAACAACAGCAACACCUAGACAUAAAGACAUGAUUGAGACGAGAAGGCGCGAAAAUAAACAGCCUAAUAGCAGAAGGGCUUUCGUGUUUUAUAAGUUUAUCUUCAGAGAAAAUAAGGAGGUAAGAAUUGAUACUUCAAUUGAUACUUAUUAACCUUCAAUAAGUUCUUCAAACCUGUUAUUUGAUAUCUCUAGGAAAGCAACGAAGUCCAGGGGUAUAUAAAUACUGCUAUGCCUGAAUCAUUUGUUAAAGAGCAUGUGUUCCCUGCUGCCAAAUACACAAAUCAGUUGCAAUUCAAUUUACAAAAAACUUCAAAAGUGGAAAAUUUGCAAACAACAUUUGAAAAGCCAAAGCCCCUUAUUAUAGAAAAAUUGCCAAAAUCUGAAGAUGUUACAGCUUGUCAUACAUUGUCAUCAGAUGUCAAAUCAAGCACUUCCUCUUUAACAAAUCAUCGCCUGGAUCUGGCCAUGAAACUAGCAAAAAGAGAUGUAAAAAAGCUAAGAUCAAUGCUUGAUGGUCAGCAUGUAGAUUUGUCAAAGUACAUUUCUAGCCAAGAGCAGCAAAAUGAUAUUAGGGAUUUUCACAAAGGACAACUUGAAGAUAAAGCCAUUGACAAUAGGCAACAACAAAAGCAGCUGAAAUUUGCAGGCAAUGAAGUCAGUAAAGCAAAGAAACCAAGCAUUGGGAAAGUUGUUUCAGGUAAUUGUGAAUCUAUGAGUAACAAAACAAAAAAAACGCAUUUAAGAUUCUUUGAUUCUGAAGGGGAUGAGGUAGACAAGAAAAAGAUAGGGGAACAUAGCAAGGAAGAGACAGCACAACUAAAAUUAGUUCAGUCAAAAGAUAAGGACUCAACAGACAUAAAGAGAUUGCAAAAAGAGCUACAAAAGUACAUGAUGCGACUGGAUGCAAUUUUAGAGCAGAAGGAUAGUAAGAGAGUUGGUUGGACAGGUAAUGGAAAAGGAAGCACAAAUGAGCAAGAAAUUGAGCUAGCUAAGAAAAAGAACAGAGCUGCAGAACAAGCUGCUAGGUCAGCUAGGAUCUUAUACAUGCUACAGAGAAAGGUGCAAGAAAUUCAGGAUGAACUACAAUCGAAAGAAAAUUCAAUGAGGCACACAAAAAAGAGCCAUUCCCUUUCACGGUUGGCAGCAGCUCAUCGUUCAGCAGUUCGUGCCUUGCAGAUGUUUGUUAAUCAUGCUCCUGCAUAUCAUGAGCUUAACAAUGGUUUACCUUCCAUGUAUAAGGAGCUAGGGCUUCUCAUACAACAGCUGUCAUUUCUAUCAUCUCAUUAUGAGAGCGGGAAAGACAUGCCUCGCUUUGAUUUGGACUUGCUCCCAAAGACUAAGAAACUCAUUUCAUCCUGGGACCCUCAAGACAAAAAUGCCAUUGACGGAAAACAAUUGCAGCCUACCCAGAAGGCAAAAGACAGUACCGCCAGGAUUUUUGAUCAGCACAGCAAAGAUCUCUUUCUUGAAAAGAACAAGGGCUGGAUGAUAAAAAAGGCAAAGGGGAUUGGGUUCCAAACUGCUGAUGAACCAACACCAGAAAGACAGGCAAUUUUGCAAGCAAGCGAAGAUGCACUUGAACGAGCGAGAGACUCAGUGUCUUUCCUGACAACCAACGUGGAAAACGAGGAUGUAAAGGUUACCAAAAGUCACAGAAGAGCCAUCAAGGAUAAGAAAUCUGUGUUGUUUCCCCACCGGAUAAAGAAGCAACGACAGCGCAGAACUUUGGCUUCUGAUCUGAAUAAAGAUCACCAUUUAACUUCAAAUCGUAAAGCUGCCCAUGGAAUGCAUUUUGCGAAACAGACAGUGUCAUCUGUGUUGAAGUCACAUCCUGAAGUAAAUUACGAACAAAGAAAGACAAGACCUAGGUCACCAACAAGAAGCCACGUACCAGAUGACGUUUAUGUCACCCACCAGUCACCUAGACAAAGAGAUGCAGAUAUUUUGAGGAAGGCAACUACAUCGCCACGUAGGCUACAUCAAAAUUCUGGCAUUCAACAAAAUGAUGUCUCUCGUCCUUCUGAUUUCGUUGACCAUGAUUAUCGUGAAAAAUUAAGAGCUCUGACUGAGAAAGAAGCAGCCAGACAAGUUUGGCUCGAUGUGGAAGGAACACGAGAGAUGCAAAGGCUGCAGAGUUUAAGGAAAACAGAGGAGGAAAGAAUCGGCGAAUUAAGAAGUGGAUAUAUGAAAACAACAGCAAUUGUAGCAGACGCGGAAAAGAAAAUUAGAGAGAGAUUGCAGCCAUUGCUGGAAAAGGCAGAGCUGCUAUCCCUACAAGAAAGAUCGAAGGAAGAACAAUACAAGAUGUCCGUUAAAAGGAAAUUGGCUGAUUUGGUUUCCGACACAGCGGUAUCAAGAGGUGAUAUUCUCGCUGACCUUAUCUUAGAUGACUUGCUCAACGAAACCGUCAGAGAACUUUACAGAUUAGAAAACGAAGAAAUAAGAGAGGCUAAUGCUGCCCUUGAACUGAUGAAGCCAACUGUUAAAGAAAUUGCCGAAAAAAUAACUGAUUUUGAGAAAGAAGAAGAGCAAAUACGUCGUCGAUGGAAAAAGCUUCAUUACAGUGAGCUGGAUGUUGAUCAGGAAAAAAAGGGCAUAUCAAAUGUGGAGCGAUCUGGAAGCAGCUUGCACAAAGCUAGGCCAAUCAUAUUCACUGCUGCUAUCGAGGAAAACAACGAAUCCAGAUUGAAAAGAACAUCACAAUGUACAGAUGAACCUAAGAAUGCAACUAUUCCAAUUCCCGAAAAUACUGAGUUUAUCCCAACACAUAUGAGAGCAAGUAUUUUGUCUUACUGUCGUCGACAUGACAGCUACUUGAAACGGACAGUCUCCGAGGAACUGGAUAAAUUCAAUCCAUGGACGAUUGUGGAGAAGAUUAGUGAUGAAAUUGUUGAUGAACUUGUUCUUGGAGUUGAAAAAGAACUAAACAUGUUUUGUGAUGAUUACAUAGAUGAGAUCUAUGCUGAUGAAUUCCUUAAAAAUGACAGUGCAGUUUCUGAGUCUGUCAGUGAUGUCCCCUGAAGCCUCUCAACCUAACCCUACACAUAUUGAUACUGAAGAUGGCACUUGCUGGUUUAGACCAACCACAACUGUCACUUAUAGGCAGUGAACUCUUUAUGACUGUGUGGUAUAGAUAUUAAGAAAGUAAGAUAACUCCAGCGUCAUUUCAAAAAAGACAUUUAAAGGCCCCAUGUUAUUUCCAAAAAAUUUUAUUUCAUGCAUAGCAUUUAGCAACCUCAAUUUUCAUUUGGUUUCAUUUAAUAAGUCGUUCUAUGAUUGAUCAAUACAGACCGUUUCAAAUAGAUCAUAGAAUCCCAACAAAAACUUAAAGUUCUUUGCUGCAUUCUUCCCAAUUCAGCACCUAAGAAUUUUUUAGAAGUUCAAUGCCUAGUUAUCAUCCUUAUGGCUAGCUCUAAUGGAUGUUUAAUGCUAUUAAAAUUUAUCAGAUUUAAUGUAAGAGUUCACUUGGUGUGUUCCAUUUUUAUAUUAUCAAUUUGUGCCAUUAUCAAUAUUUCACAACUUCAUAUUGGUAAGAGUUAAGAAG